AUGGACACUGUAGGGGUUGAUCCCUGUUUAACCGAUGAACGCCGACAGCCAACGAGUUAUUACAGGGGAUGCUGGUAUGGUUUGGAAGAGCGAGGGAGUUACUCUCCGCUGAAAAUCUCCUUCGCCUCGCCUCCCUCCACGAGUGCCAUCACUUCCAUCCCAGAUGGGUCCACAACAAUCGGACGCCUCUGCUUGGUCAGAUUCGCGCAUGUGAGAGCGACGUGGCAAUCCGAACUUCGUAUGUCGGAGCCAAAGAAGCGAAUCAAUAUGCAGCUGUCCUCCCUGUCUUCGCGGAAUAGGGCCUCCAAUGUGCCUUGUAAAGCGAGCACGUGGGAAUGGGCUAUUCGGCCUGCUCAAAACUCUACCCUCGGAAUUGGCCAUAUUAUAUUGCAUAUGCCGCCUUUCUUCAAGCUCAAGCAUAUAGCUUUGAAAUGGCUCGACGUUCUCCAUCGCUCGAAUACUGGUGUUCUCAAAUCUGAUCUCGAGAGCCGGACAUCCAGUAUGGACUUAUCAACUGUUUCCAUCAACUACCUCGCGCGAACGCUCCUUCACAAACUGGCUGGAGGAGAGGUUUUGGAUGAUGAGACGAGGCAGCUCAUACAGGAGGUCAUCGCGGACGAUAUCGAAGCAUUAUCGACUCAGUCCGAAUCUAACGAAGAGCUUGCAGAAAAGCAGCGACGCAUCGCAAUGGGUAUUCUGACGGCAUAUCGAUGCUUCAAUGUUGAAGAUGCCAUGCAGAUGGACAAGAUCUUCGAGCAUCGAACUUCAGACUGCGUCCAAGUAACACUUCCGAGAAGCGCUGGAAUGCCCGAUAGGAACAACAAGCAGUACCGAAAGUAUUUGCAAGACCUGGUCUUGAAUGAUCUGGCACCAUUCCGAGGCGAAGUAAGCACAGACUCAAAAGCGGAUGUUGAAUUCCCAGAACGAGAGAUGAUACUGACCUGA